GCGGCUCCAGCAGCAGUUGCGCUGUGGUGGCCUCGGGGCCCGAGGCCGCCGCGGCCCUCGCGCGGCGGGAGGUGCUGGCGUGCUUCGUGCAGGGCAGCCCGCAGGACAAGCGGAGCGCUGGCGGACGAGUGGCAGGCCUUCGAGCACGGCGGGGCGGAGUUUGACGUGAAGGUCGCGGAGCCCGCCGGGGGGCACUGGGCCGAGCUGCUGGCCGCGGCGCUGCCGCCCGCGCUGCGGGGCGCCCCCGGCGGCGGCGCGCUCGUGGAGAGGACGUUGCGGGAGGCGGAGCUUGUCGUGGAAACCUUCAGGCUGGCGGCGCGGGCGUCCGCGCCCGACGCCGCCCCGCCGCAGCUGCGCGUUCGCCUCGCGAGCCUCCAGCGCCCGCAGUGCCCGCGGCUUCACUGGGACGACGUGCCGCUCCGCGCAGUGGCCGCCCUGACCGGGCCGGGCACGGAGGUGCUCCCCGAGGAGGCCGUUGACCGCGGCGCCCUCGCCCGCCUGAGCGAGAGGCCGCUCGAGGAGCAGGUCGAGUACUCGCCCGAGGCGUGGAACGAGGCCAUCUCGAGGGGACCUGGCCCACUGAGGGCCAGGCUGUUACAGGCUCCGACGGGCUGGGUGACGCUGCUGAAAGGCAGCGCGUGGCCAGGCGGCGCCCCGCUGCAGGGGCCUGCGCCCGGAGCCAUGCACCGGUCGCCGAGCGGCGCCGCGGGCGCCCGCAGGGUGGUGGUGCAGGUGGACCUCGCGGAGGCCGUCGCCCCGUCGGUGCCGGGCGUCGCCGAGGUCGAAUUCGAGGACCAGCCUCCGGCCGCGGUGGUGGGUGUCCAG